AGAAACACUAGAACGUCUCAGAAUGUGACCGCUGGAGUCAGAUAAGUGCGUUGAACUCUUUCAGCUUUGGUAUUUGACCAAAAUUGACACAUUGAAAGAUCGCUUUUGGCAGUUGCUGAUUAAUCGGUGAAGGUUAGCCAAAUAUGCGGAAUGGAGACUCGCACGAGGCUCGCAAAGAGGUUGCAGCACGUUUUGCGCUCGCUGUAGUGCGAAUCUGAUGCAUACCAGCACGCUACUAGUUUUUCCCGAAAUAGAAUUCGGUGUUUGUCGAUGGAAGAACGAGUAGGCACGUAUCUGUGGAUAUUGAAGGAACACAUAUGCCCACUCUUAACUUCCUAAAGUGGUCAACAAAUCGCGGCAAGACGGCGGGGAUGGAACAAGGGGAGUUAUUCGUCUCAAAGAUUCUGUUAGGAAUCGAAAAUGUUAUUGUUCAAAUCAACAAAUGGAAACCCUUGACCUAAUAAAUUCAAUUCUCAUCUGAUGCGCGUGGGUACUUUGAGGAAUGGCAAACUUUGACCACUCUGCAGUCACUCCAUGGCUGCAGAUAUUGAUUUUGUCCAUCGGCUGUGCGCUGAUAUGUUUCAGUCGCUUAUCCACUGCAUCCCCAGCACACAACCAACGUUUGAUAUGCUGGCAGGCCAUUAUGAAGUGCCAAGAAGAGCCGGAGUGUCACUAUGCGUAUACUCAGUAUCUGCACGCGUGCGGACCAGUUAUAAACGGCGACAGAAAGAAAUGUCCCAGCCACUGCAUUUCUUCCAUCAUUCAGCUCAACCUCACUGUGAACGGCCCGGCACUGGAGGACUGCGAGUGCGCCUCGGACACUUUGUGCAUGAUCACCAAGCGAGCCAUCGAGCCAUGUAUGCCCAAAACCAGCCACACUGGCUGCACUGAAGCCCGUAAACAGUGCGAGAAGGACUCAGUGUGCAGCACCGCCAUGCGGGACUAUCUGUAUCACUGCAGGAAACUGUUUGGAGGAGAGCGGUGCUCGGAUGACUGCCGGCGGGUCAUUGCGAACAUGCGCUCCAUUCCCAAAGCCCAGCUGCUGGAUACUUGCGUUUGCGACGGUGAGGAGAGAACUAUAUGCGAGUAUGUCAAAGUCAGCAUGAGGAACUUCUGCUUUAACGACAAAUACGCCGGGAGUGGCUUUUCAGAUACCGAGGAGGACUCUGACGACGAAUAUGAGACAGAUUAUGAAGAAGAGGACAGUGAUGCCGUGGAUUUUAGAGCACAAUAUAUUUUUACAUUAACAUCCACCAUUUUGACACUUGUCCUCUUUUUAUAUUAAAAUGAGUCAAGUUUCCAGAAUUCAACGUUUUAUUAGUUGCGUUCGACCCCAGUGAGCAGCACCCUUUUUCAGUGGGCCCGAAAGCAUUUGUCUAACUUUUCGUUAAUAACGUUUUUAAACUACUAGCCUAAUGUUUGGUUACCAAAACGUUCUGUGGAUGUUGUUGUUUGGAUAGUUGAACAUAAAACAUAAAAAGAACGUUAGUAGAACGUUAGGGGUUGGUUUCUCCCACCCCCAAAUGCUACCGAUGGGAAGCAUACUCUUAACGUUAGGGGAACGUUCUUGGAUUUUUUUUUUUUUUUUUUAACCAGUUUUUGCAGACAUAGUGAAAAUAGCCUUUAUUGAAGAAAAGCUUCCAAAAAUAUGCACAACAAGUGUAGGGGGUUGGAUGUAAAAUGUUGUAAAAACGUGUUUCACAAAAUAUUCAAUUAUUACAAACUAUUGUGGAAAUCACCAUUCAAAGAGGAAAAAAAAAGAAUACUGGAUGUUUAUUUUUGUAUGAUAGAUUGGUUAGUGUAAAUUGUAGUUAUAUGAUUAUCGUGAAGGUGUAUAAUGCUUGUGUAUCAUAAUUGUGUGAAUAAUAUUCUUAAAGAAUACAUUGUAAAACCUAUUCAUAAUGUGAUCAUAAAAAGAUGUAAAAUUAUCCCAAAGAUUAUUUGACUUGUUCUUUUUAGUCAUUUGUAUACAAACAGCAAGGGCUGUUAAUAUUUUUGAAAAGAUAGCCAAAAGUGACAUCAUUUGUUAAAGGUAGAACAAUAGCAUUCCUACAAAUGCAAUUACUUUUUAAUGAUUGUUUCAAUGUGUUUUUUGUGCAAAAAAAUAUUUAUCAGAUGAGGAACAGUU